CACAACUUACUGACAACAUUUUCCGCUGUCAACCUUUUCAUUUUGUCGUGUGACGUCCUGUCAGCGGUCAGCUGUGGGUGGGGACGUGAAGUAUCUUGUUCGUAUAUUAUCUUUGUAGGAACCAACAGCCGGGCGGAACUCCACCCCCCCGCCGAAAAAAGUCGCUUCAUCGCAGGGAUGGCAGUUUGUCUGUGAGACGAGCUAGCUGUUGUUUUAACGCUUUAAGUGUUUAUUGCCUCGGUUGUGCCAUGGAUUUUAACGUAAAGCGACUAGCUGCAGACGCCGGUACUUUUCUAAGCCGUGCAGUACAAUUUACAGAAGAGAAACUUGGCCAGGCGGAGAAGACUGAGUUGGACGCCCAUUUGGAGAACCUUCUGGUGCGGGCUGAGAACACCAAACAAUGGACGGAGAGGAUUAUGAAACAGACCGAGGUCUUACUACAGCCCAACCCAAAUGUCCGUCUGGAAGAAUUUGUGUACGAGAAGCUGGAAAAAAAAGCCCCUACGCGACUGAACAACCAUGACCUGCUGGGCCAGGCCAUGAUUGAGUCGGGGAAUGACUUUGGCCCUGGCACCGCUUAUGGAAAUGCUCUGAUAAAAUGUGGAGAGACGGAGAAGCAAAUUGGUGGCGCAGAACGGGAGUUGAUCCAAAGCGUUGCCAUCAACUUCCUGACACCUUUCAGAAACUUUUUGGAGGGAGACUUCAAAACUAUUCUGAAAGAGCGGAAGCUUCUGCAGGUCAAACGUUUGGAUUUGGAUGCAGCCAAAACCAAGCUAAAGAAAGCCAGGAUGGCUGAUGCAAGAGCUGCAGCAGAGCAGGAGCUGAGGAUGUCCCAGAGUGAGUUUGACCGGCAGGCGGAGAUCACCCGGCUGCUGCUAGAGGGCGUCAGUAGCACCCACGCACAUCACCUCCGCUGCUUGAAUGACUUUGUGGAGGCCCAGACUACGUACUACGCACAGAGCUACCAGUACAUGGUGGAUCUCCAAAAGCAGCUGGGCAGCUUCCCCUCCACAUUCUCCAACAACAACCAGUCGUCGGUGUCGGGCGGCGCCAGCAUCUCUGUGCCCACCAUCUCUGUGUCUGCCUCCCUGCCCAGUGUGUCCGCGGGCCACGGCAGCUCGCCGGCCUCGGGCGGGUUCAACGAACUGCGCGGCUCCAACGGCAGCCGCCGAGCCCGAGUUCUCUACGACUACGACGCGGCCAGCAGCAGCGAGCUCUCCCUGCUCGCCGAUGAGGUGAUCGUGGUCAGCAGCGUCCCCGGCAUGGACUCCGACUGGCUGAUGGGCGAGCGCGGCAGCCAGAAGGGCAAAGUGCCCAUCACUUACCUGGAGUUGCUUAACUGAGACCCCCCCCAGCCCUCUGUAACCAGCUGUGAUCUCAUAUUUAUGUUGGGUUGCAGGGGACCGGCCUCACUUUCCCUUCCAUUUGGCCGUUUUAGAACGAGUUGUAUUUCUAUGAAGUCUCGGACACAUGCUGGAUCGAAUACAUUUGAAAGAAGAGAAAGGAAACAGCCCCCCCGAUCCCUGAUGUGUUUUUGUAUGCGACAGUAAUAGUCAUUUCUAUAACAUGCUUCCAUGCCUCUGUGCUUGAUGCCAUUCAGUCUGCAACAUGUGCCAGAACAUCUCCCAAACUGGAACUAAAAAACAACAAAGCUUUGUUUACAAUAUAUUGAUCUCAGAUGGUGACCUAAAUGCUCUUAAUGUGAGGGUUUUAUUUCUCUUCCCUCACUGCAAGUUUUUUCUACUAGCGACACAGUGGGCACUUUUCAGAAAAACAAAAAUGCACUUCCGUUUGAGGUGGAGAGUGAUGCUGAUAAUUAAAUCUUGUUUUAUAAUUGAUAAUCUACGGUGAAGUAGCUGUUAUGGUUAUCCAAAGAUUUUUUUUUUGUUUUUUUUAAACAUCCUUUCGAGUAUUGUAGGUCAGCUUUAUGCACACGGGGGCCAUGCUGGACAGCGAGUUGAACACCUCGUUUUUGGUACAUUUGGUUAAAAAAAAGCUGCCAUGCCAGACAUCAAGUGCCUAUUGAGGUGGAUCUGCCUCUGAAGCCAUUUGCCUGGUUUGCAGCUGCACCAUUGGCUUUGAGCCUCCUCUCCAAGUAUUGAACCCUCACACUUCUAGUUAAGUUAUUGACAAUUGGAAUUCCCAAUUUCCACAUUUUGUUGGGAGUUAAUAUACCUGAAGACAGCUGUUGUCUCUGAUUAAAUUAUUGACGUGUAUUGUACAUGAAUACACAGUAAGUGACAUGUUGAUCAUCUUUGCCAAUAGUUGACUUGGUGUUUACUUUGAAAAAAAAAAAAAGCCUUAAAGUAUAACUGUAUACUUUUUUUUUUUUACAUUUACAUGUAUUUCAAUUCCAGAUUGAAAAAAAAAAGCGUUGUUGCAUUGUGGGAGAUGAAUGUAUAUUAUUCUAUGGCUGCUUUUUGUUUUUGUGUGUAACUGAUAAUAUAGCAUACAAUUGUAAAAUAAAUAUACAAUACGAUGCGUUAUUCAAGAAAAUGUCGCUUUGUAUUGGUUUAUGUCCA